AUGCUUCUUUGCCCUCAUCCGCUUCCUCCUCCCCUUCGACCUUACUGUAACCUUCCACUUCCUCCUCCAUACCUCUCCACCAGCAGUCUCCUGAAGCCCAGCAGACGGUUCGACGACUCAUUUGUCGAGUUGCGGCUACACCAAUCGUGCCGGUCGUGUCAUGAGUCGGCCCCGCGACGCAGAAAAGACCAAGACUCCGGACUCUGUGGCUGCUUACCCGACCUGUCCCAGUCAUCAACGUGUCUUGCGAUUGGUGUAUUCCGGACCUCCUGGAGAAGUCGCCAACCGUCGGACUUUAAUUCCGACGCAUGGCCAACGUUGAACCUCAGUUCCUCGCGGCAUUCAAGGCACCACCCAGACGCUGCUAUGCGAAUUGUUCAGCUGCCAAGUUCAUCUGUGGACCUAUUUAUUACUUGA